GGAGGGGGAAGAUGGCGGCGGCGGCGGGGCGCGGGCUGCUGGCGGCGGGGCUGUUCCGCGGGCGGGUCGCCAUCGUCACCGGCGGCGGCACCGGCAUCGGCAAGGCCAUCGCCGCCGACCUGCUGGCGCUAGGUUGCAGUGUUGUCAUUGCCUCUCGUAAAUUUGACCGAUUAAAAGCUGCUGCAGAAGAACUGAAUAAUAGGUUUGCUUCCAUGAGUCCUGCCCAAGUGACUCCCAUAGAGUGCAAUAUCCGCAAAGAAGAAGAGGUAGAAGCUUUGGUGAAGUCUACACUGAAUCUGCAUGGGAAGAUUGACUUCCUGGUGAAUAAUGGAGGGGGCCAGUUUGUAAGUCCUUUUGAAGCCAUCCGUGCAAAAGGCUGGAAUGCUGUGAUAGACACAAAUCUGACAGGGACCUUCUAUUGUUGCAAAGCAGUGUACAAUGCCUGGAUGCAGGAACAUGGAGGAGCCAUUGUCAACAUUACUGCUGCAGUGAGAAAUGGCUUUCCUGGAAUGUCGCACUCAGGAGCUGCAAGAGCUGCAGUGAAUAACCUAACCAAGACUUUAGCUUUAGAAUGGGCACACAGUGGAGUGAGAAUCAACAGCGUUGCUCCUGGACUGGUAUUUUCAGAAACUGCUGUUGCAAACUAUGGAGAAGAAGGUGUAAUGAUGUGGUUAAAGAGCAUACCAAAGGUUCCUGCCAAGAGGUCGGCUGUUCCUGAGGAGAUCUCUCCUGCAGUAUGUUUCCUGCUGUCUCCAGCUGCAUCAUUCAUAACGGGGAUAACCAUGGUCGUGGAUGGUGGCGAGAGUUUGUACAGCCAUAGACUAGAAAUACCUGAUCAUGACAGAUGGCCAUCACCACCAGAAGGGAGAAAUUUUGAAAUGUUGAAAAAGCUGCUUUCUGGCGAGUUCAAACCCAAGCUGUAGAAGAAAGAGAUUUUACCUUAUUCCCAAUUGUGGCCUUGCUGAUAAUCUCACUUUGUGAUUUGGCCUUAUUAUUCUCAGUAAUAAUUUUCUUUGCUCAUAUGUAACUACAUUAAGUGCCUUGAUUUUUGUUGGUUUCCAUUUAAAACUUUUGAAAGGCUUUACAUCGUACAUCUCUUCUCUGCAAACACUUACCCUAAAAACAUUCAGUCUUUUGGGAAGGGAAAAGGUAUAAAAGACAAAUUAUCCAUUUGUACAGGCAUUAAGUAAUGAAGAAUCCCAGCCAGAACUAAAUGAAAAGAAUACUUAUUUUGCAGUGAAGGUAUCCAAGAGGGAAUGUUUAGGAAUCCUUCUGUUCCUAAUGAAUUACAGAGAAGGUAGUUUAAAUCUUUUACUGGUUGUUGCAUCAGUAACCCUUGGGUAAGUGUUAGCUCUACACUAUUUCUGUUCAACCACAUACUGAGCGUUCAACAAUGGUUUUAAAGACUAAGUAGAGUAAGUAGUUCUCUAGAAAUAAAUAAAAAUAAGAUGGAAUACUAUUAUUAAUGUUUCAAACUAAUGUAGUAUAUCGUAUGUGGAAUGUUUUGAAUUGUUUGCAGAUAUAAUGACAUAAAUAGAGUUAAGGUGGCUGCAACUUAAAUUUGAUAACAGAGUAAGCAAAUAAUAAAUUCAGUGAUGGAAAACCAGUAUAGAUUCAACAAUUUAACAUGCAAAAUCUGUGGUGUAUAUUGCAGUGCUCUCUGCAGUAUGCUACACUAGUAAAAGAGAAAUUUGGAAUUCUUAAUCUGCCGGCUAAAACACCUUUUAUUCGUACUUGUUGUCUCACAAUGUUAACAGAAUUUUGUUCACUACUGUCUUUAGGUGCAGUUUUUGUGAACACUGCAGACAUGCUAUAAUACAUCACUUGUAAUACAUCACUUGAAGAGGCUAUAUGUGUGAAUUUUUUAUUCACUUUAAGGCAAUUGUUCCCCUGUCUCCUAACUAUAGUGAAAAUAUAAAAAAUAAGUAAUGACUGUGUUUGUUUGCUGUGAAAACUGAAAUUCCUGGAACCUAGUUGCUGCUGUGGAAUUUUUAAUACUUCAUUUUGCACUGAAUAUAAGAGUCUGAUGUUUUUUCUCUGCAAAGACGUUUGACUUUUGUGUCUUUCAGUAAAAUAUAUGUUCUUAUAUAGGUACAUGUAGAUUACUUUUUCAUGAAAAUGAAAUGAAUGCCAGUUUUGGGGGGAAAGAGGAGUUUGAGCCAUUAUGUGUGUGAUUUCUGCUUUAUCUUCUUUCCUUAGUAACUGGACAGCCAUUUAUGUGACUGUGAGAAACUGCUACAGAGAUAAAGCCAAAGGUUUACCAAACCUCUUGUGCAAGGUAUAUUUUGUUUAUUGCAAAUAUUAGUUCAGGGUACUCAGCAAGAGGAUUCCUAAAAGCAAAUGCACCUGUUACAUAACUAACUCUAGAAGUCUAGCCCAUUGCAUUCAAGUGAAAUUAUUUAGUUUAUUAACACAUUAUUUCAACAUUUUUAACAUCUUUCUGGAAAAGAAGGUUAAACAUGAAUAAGCUUGAGGCUUGUGGAACUUACUUUCUCUUUAUGUUUGACUAUGAGUUUCUAUGGUAUAUGUGCAGUGUGGAUUUAAAGUGAAAUGGAAUUUAAUUGAUUACUUUUAUUAUAUCUCAGAAAUGUUCACUGAAAGAUUUGAGUGCAAACUUAGAAAUCAUCAAUUUUUAAACCUUGCAAAUUUCCUCUUUAACUAUGCUAUAGUUUGAAUAUUCAUAAAGAGGGGAAGUUUAUACGUAAUGAUGGUGAAAUUUAUCAUUCACCUCAGGAAAUCAUGAGAACAUUAGAAAGGUGACCAUUCUCCUGUGUGUGAGAUAGGUUCAGUCUGCAAUUAAUAAAUUCCUUCACAAGUAAAACUAUAACAAACCUUUCUGCUUGUGCUGAAUACAGUUUGACUUGCCUUCUUCAACUUCAGCAAAGCAGUGGAUGUACUAAGAAGAUGUAAGCUGGUUGUUUAGAAAAGACUGUGUGUGCUUUUUUUUAACUGGCAGGAAGUUGAAACAGGCAGCAUUUGUGGAGCUGUCCUGUGCUCAGCUUAGUGCAAUAGGAGAAUAUACUCAGAAAACUCUUAUGAGUAAAUGUGAUUUAAAAACACAGAAAAUACGUCCUUGGAAGGAGAAGGGGACACAUCACUGCUUUUCUUUGCUUUUUCUUUUUUUCCCUUGUAAUAAUACCAAGGGUACCCCAUGAGCUGAGGAUUACUCUACAUAAUAUUAAAAUGUUUUUCACAAUUUUUUAGAUAUUAGGAUAGUAACUCCCUUGCUGUAAUGGUUUUGCAGUAAGCACAGCCUUUCUUUUUGUGCUUGGGUGGGGGUUUUUGGUUUUUAUUUGUACUUUUGGAGGGGUUUACUUUAUUUGUGUGUUUUUCGUCUUCCAUGGAUUACAUGAAGCGUUUAAUUCUCAGAACACAGGUUUAAGUUUGGUCUUGCCUCUUUGGUCCAUUUUUAUGUAGAUUGAAAUUAUUUUCAAAGUUUUGCAGCACAUUGCAGAAACCCAGUAUUGUGUCAGCUGGCAGCAAGAAUGUUUUCACGUUUCUGCUGUAGUGCUGCAGAUAAUAUCAACUGUAGCAAAGCUUUUCCUAUGCCAACAGCCCUUGAUCAAAGGGCAUUGAGAGGUUAAAAGAAAUGGGUGUGGUAGCAAAAACAUCUUUGACCUUAAGAUUGAGGUAUCUGGAGUUCAGAGAACAGGGCUCUAUUUUAUUUGAUUUCUUUUACAAGGAAGGUGAAAGCAACUCUGAGAAAGGGGCUAAGGAAUCUCAGGAAGAAUCAAGGAGAUUUACUGACCAAACACUGAAACUUAAACAUUUGAUGCACUGUAUAAUUGUAAUAAGCAAAGAGAAGAAUGUUAGAAUGACAGUUACAAUUACCAUUCUGUUAGAAAUCUCUUUUUGGUUGCUUUAGUAUUUACCUCUUGUUAAGCCUGUGCCUAUUCUGCCUAUCUCUUAUCAGAUAUUCAUUUGAUGGAUGAACAGGUGCUUACCAACUGCUACUUUACUCCACUAUGUGGUGUUAUAUUUGAAUAUGUGUCUUAAACUUUAAAUUUUUGGCAGCACUGUGAUUCAGUGAAGGAGAACUUCUGUCAACUGCACUUGCCUUAUGUUUUACAGAUCUCUUUGUGUUAAGCAGAAUAUUGUUCAUUCAGGGUAUUUAUUUAACAUAAAGUGAAAUCUGAUUAUUCAGUGGGUUUACUUAGUGUAAAAUGAAGCCUGUGUUGUAAAAAUCUUAAAGGAUUACCAGUUGUCUUGUUUGCUAAAGGGAGAAUAGUCUGUGCACUGCCAUUCUGCAGAAAGGUCCCUUGUCUGCUUUAAGAUGUAAAUGAACAAAUAUGAAGCAACCAUUGCUUGUUACAAGCAUUUAUGGCUGUGUUUAGCCUUCUGAACAAUCACAGAGCAUAUCCCCUAUAAUCUUUAAGAAAGUGUGCUCUUUGCAAGAUAGUGUAAUUUCAUAUACUUUUAAUCGGCAUCUCCCAGUUUCCCCUUGCCAUCUCAAAGAGCAGCCUUGUGUCAAAUGGCUGAGUGCUGCAGAUGUUAGGGGAAUUGUCUUAUUAGUAAAGUCAACAAUACCUGUAUUCUGGGUCAUUGAAUAUGGCUGAGUCCUAAAGGUAAAUGAGUUGCUUCAUAAACUUCAGUGAGGGGUUGGAGAAGACAAACCUAUCAGUACUAUUGCCCAAGAUCACUUAGUGUAUAUUACAUUUUCAUGAAUCUUCCAGCAGUGGUUUAGGACUGUCCUCCCCAAAAUAUUUGCUCUUCCUUUUCUUUUUGCAUGAGCCUUAAACUGAUGCAUUUGUAUUGGGUGGAAGUAGAAGUACUGAGGUGCAGGCACUUGUUCCCUUCUGUCAUGGGAAGGCAGAGGAGCAUAGCAGUCAUGACUAGCAAAUGUUUGAAAUAUUGAGCUGUUUGCUCAAUGCAUGUGAGCUGGAUUUAAGUUUAUAAACAGACUGUUGGCCCUCCUGAUGAGGAGGAAAGACUCUGGAUCAUGUUAUAAUGUCCUGGUAUCACAGGCUUUACCCUGCUGCAGUUCCCAGAAGCCAUUUUGACUCUGGUUAUCCGCUCUGUCUCCAGCAGCUUGUUCCUUUGUCAGUUAACCCCUCAUUUGAUUAAAUAUAUGUUAAAUUAAUCA